AUGUUGCCUCCCAUGGCCCUGCCCAGCUUAUCUUGGAUGCUGCUUUCCUACUUCGUGCUCCUGUCUCACUUCAAGGGUGAAGAACCCCAGAAGGAACUGCCCUCUGCGCGGAUCCACUGUCCCAAAGGCUCCAAGGCCUAUGGCUCCCACUGCUAUGCCUUGUUUUUGUCACCAAAAUCCUGGAUGGAUGCAGAUCUGACCUGCCAGAAACGGCCCUCUGGAAACCUGGUGUCUGUGCUCAGUGGGGCUGAGGGAUCCUUCGUGUCCUCCCUGGUGAGGAGCAUUAGUAACAGCUACUCAUACGUCUGGAUUGGGCUCCAUGACCCCACACAGAGUUCAGAGCCUGAUGGAGAUGGAUGGGAGUGGAGUAGCACUGAUGUGAUGAAUUACUUUGCAUGGGAGAAAAAUCCCUCCACCAUCUUAAACCCUGGCCACUGUGGGAGCCUGUCAAGAAGCACAGGAUUUCUGAAGUGGAAAGAUAAUAAUUGUGAUGCAAAGUUACCCUAUGUCUGCAAGUUCAAGGACUAGGGCAGAUGGGAAGUCAGCAGCCUGAGCUUGGUGUGCAGCUCAUCAUGCACAUGAGACCAGUGUGAAGACUCACCCUGGAAGAGAAUAUUCUCCCCAAACUGCCCUACCUGACCACCUGGUCAUGAUUCUCCUUCUUUUUCCUUUUUACUCACCUUCAUUUCAGGCUCCUCUCUGUCUUCCAUGUCCUGAGAUCUCAGAGAAUAAUAAUAAAAAUGUUACUUUAUACUUGUA